AUGGGCAAAUCCGCGCCGAAGCGCGCUUCCGACGCUGACCAAGACGAACGGCCCGCAGAGGCCAAAGCUGGCUCUGGGCAGGAGCCCCCCCCCUCGGGGGCUGGCGGGGGCACCGACGGGGCCCCAGCCGCGCCUCCCGCUCCCGUGGACUCGGCCGAGGAGCUGCGAGUGCUUCGCAAGCGGCUCGAGCAGCUCGAGGCCCAAGCCGCCCGGCCCGUCGCACAGCCCGACGGGGGAGACCCCCCACCGGGCGGCGGCGGCGGCGGCGGCGACGGCGGCGGAGCGGGCGGCAAGGCGGCCAAGGACCGCGAGCGGGUGCGCCCCGACCCUCCCACCCCCCCAGACUCCGACGCCGACUCGUCGGAGGACGACGUGGGCGGCGGUGGUCACCGCGGCCCCCCCCGCCUCGGCGGCGGCGUCGGUCGCGACGACGCUGUCGGCGAGCUGUUCGGCGGACACGUGCUCGCCUGCGACUACGACAGCGACAACCCCUUCGAGCGGAAGCGGGGACUGCAGCAGCGGACCUCGCACUACUCGCCAGCGGCGGCGGGCGACACCGUGCACGCAGAGCUGCACCGCAAGCUCGGGGCCGCAAACCAACGGGAGGUGUGCACCCUCCUUCCCUCCCUCUCGUACAUGUACGACUUGUGCGCGCACCUCGAGCGGCUCGAAGACGCGAUCGGCGACGAGCGAGAUGAUCCCGGAGAUUCCCGCAGGGCGCUGCGGCUCGUGCACGAGCAGGUGCGAGCGGCGCGCCUGCAGGCGGGGUCCAUACUCGCCUUCGGCCAGGAGCGCCUCGACGAGCUCGAGUCCGUCGGGAAGGGCCCCCUCGAGGCGGCCGAGUUCGACCCACUCUACGGCAAUGAGCGGCCCGCCCAGCACCCUUUCCCCUUUAUUGGCGGCCAAGGCAGAGAGCGGAUGGCCCGGAGCGAGCAGCAGGCCGCCCCGAGCAGCAGCGCCGAGCAGCACACAUCAUCGCCAAGCCGGGAGCCGCAGGAGUCUGGCGAUGCCAGCGAGGACACCCGGCCGGUGCCGAAAUCGAUCCACGAGUACGGCCCGUCCCAAGUCUUCUCUCCGGUCGGGCCCGUCUCGCAGAACGCGGAGAAGAUCCAGCAGGCGGUGCGGAUGCUGCAGACGCGGUACAUCUCCCUCUGGCAGCUCGGCCUGAUGUCCGCCGCGAUGCAACUCUUCCUCUUUAUGAUGGCGCCCGAGCAGGCCAUCGACGGCGCGCACACCGUGGUGAGCCGCAUCGCAAACAACGUGCAGUACUGGGCGCCGUGCCUGCUCGCGACGUUCGCCAUCAUGACGCUCAAGCGCAACCGGACGGUCACCAUGAUCGACCAGCUCUUCCAGCAGAUCGCCGUCCGCGAACAGACCGAGCGGCUGCAGUUCGACCGCCAGAUCCGGAGCGCGACGGAAAAGGAGAGGCGGCGCUACCAGCGAGAGAUCGACGUGCUCAACGCGAACCUCAACGCGAAGCAGAUGCAGCUUGUCGCCGAGCGAGCCCAGGCCGGCGUCUACCGCGACCUCUUCGAGCAGAGCCGGCAGGCGGCGCUGGGCGGCUCGCACGGAGGCGUCCCGCCCGCCGCGCCGCCGCACCCGCAGUUUGCGAGUCCGCUGACAGGCCCUCCCAGGCCGGCGCCGGCGGCCCCCGCGGGCGCGUCUGAGCCGCGCUCGGUGCUCGCGAGGGCCCAGUCGCAGCUCGAGACCUACUUUGGCUCGCCAGACGAGGCCGCGUCUCUCUUCUGCAAGCUCCGCCCCGCAUCGGCGACGGCGAGCCCAACGGCGAAGGCGGCCGAGCCGCCGGCCGGCAGCGCUGCCAGCAAGCCGGCGGGCGAGUUUGCCUUGCCGCCCGCACCGCCGACGGCGUCUGCGGCGGCCGCUCCGGCGGCGGCGCCGAGCUCAGCCCCUGCCGCGGGCGGCGAGGCUGCGUCGCUCGGGAGGGUGCUGGGCGCCGUCGCGGCGCUCGAGGCGGAGACGCGGGCGGCGGCGGCGGCGCGGCGCGAGGAGCGGGAGGAGGGCGAGCGGUUGCGCGCCGCGUGGCUGGCGCGCGAGGCUUCGCUGGCGGAGGAGCACCGGCGGAGGGCGGCGGAGGCGACGGCGCGGGCGGACAAGGCGGAGGCGGCACUGAGGGCGCUCGCGGCGCUGCUUGCGGAGGGGGGGGGCGACCGGGCGGAGCGGGUGGGCGAGGGGGCGGUGGACAAGGGGGCGGUGGAGCGGGAGCAGUCGGCGGCACCGGCAGGAGAGGCGGCAAUGGCGGAUGCGGCGGUCAAGGCGGCGCAGCAGCGGCCGCCGGCGCGCCCGCCCUCCUGCGAGCGGCUGCUCGAGCGGCGGGCGAGCGGGCGGACGGUGGCGUUCGGCGACGAGGAGGCGCGGGCGGUGGUGCUGGAGGUGCUCGCCGAGAAGACUGGCUUCCUCUCGGACGCCAUCGAGCUCGAGAUGGAGCUCGAGGCGGACUUGCUGCUCGCGUCGCACGGCGAGUUCGCGCGGCACGAGCUGGUUGCCGAGCUGCAGCGGCGGCUCGCCCUCGAGGUGCAGGACACGCGCCGCCUCACCGGGGCGAAGAGGGUCCGCGAGCUGGUCGACGCGAUGACCGCCGAGCUGGCGUGGCGCAGCUUGCCGCCCAGCCCGCACGGCAGCCUCAAGAAUGUGCGCGACGCGCUCCCGGGCCAAGCGCGGGACACCAGCCCGCUCGUGGGUUGA